CAAGUUCCAUCUCUGGAGGGGGAGCUGACGCUUGGCACACUGUCCCUCAGUCAUGGCAUUUGUCGGCAAGCGCCUCGCGCGCUCGAUUGCAGGUGCCACUGCCUUCGGCCUGGGUGGAGCAGCUUUGGUGAAGACACCAGCGCACUGUGAUGACAAGGAUCCUCCACACCCACCGCGGUACCCCUUUUGGGUCAAGUCGAUUUUCCAUUCUCACGAAAUUCCGAGCGUGCGUCGUGGGUAUGAGGUCUAUCGGCAGGUAUGUGCAACCUGCCACUCUAUGAAGCAGCUUCACUUCAGACACCUGUCGAAUUUCGUCCUGCCUGAGAAGCGGAUGAAGGAGAUUGCUGCAAGCUAUGAUGUCGUUGAUGGGCCGAACGACGAAGGAGAGAUGUUCACUCGCCCUGGCAUCCUUGUGGAUGCCUUCCCUUCGCCAUACCCAAACGAAGAGGCUGCACGCUAUGCAAACGGUGGUGCCAACCCGCCGGACCUCAGUGUGUACACCACCGCCAAGCACGAAGGUGUGGACUACAUCUUUGCGCUGCUGCUUGGCUACCGAGAUCCUCCUGCAGGCAUCGAAGUGCGCGACGGUUUGUACUACAAUGUGUACUUCCCUGGAGGACUCAUUGGAAUGCCCAACCCUCUCCACGCUGAUGGUCUUGUCGACUACGAGGAUGGCACGCCUUGCACCAAGUCCCAAAUGGCAAAGGAUGUGGUGAACUUCCUGUGCUGGGCCUCUGAGCCGGCACACGAUGAGCGGAAGCUGAUGGGCCUCAAGGCAAUGUCCGCCUGCCUAAUGGGGACUGCCAUCGUUGGCUUCUGGUACCGAUCCAUGUGGAUUGGGUUCAAGACCCGGCGUAUUGAUUUCACGAAGGCCGUCAUGUAAUCGGUCGUGCAAACGGAGUGAACUGCUCGAGACCGCUUUUGUAGCGAGACGCGGGAAACGCACAUGUGCGUGCAUCAACUCACUUGUGCA